GCAUAAGAGGUACCGGGAGUCCCAUUCUGGUCAGGACAAGACCUUCAGGUUACAGAGUGGGUCAGGGCGCUUUUCCUGUGCUGCCCUAGCACUGCUCUGCCGUCUCUCAGGCUCAGUCUCAGAGCGGCUAGCGCCAGCGCGGCCCAACCGGACCAUGCAGGUGUCGUCCGCGUAAGGUGGAGCUGAGCCCUGGCCGCGUGAUUCACAGCCACACCGCUCCUUGCCUCCGGUCUUCUGCCAGCAAACCGGGUGUGCUCUGACCAGCCAGCGUCACUCCAGCCAUCCGGGUCAGCUGUUCCAGGCCCUGAGCUCCGUGGGCGAGAUCCGUCCUCGCUUGGUCUCUGCCUUCCCGGGGUGGCGCCUGCUGCGGAGUAGCCCCGUGCAGAUGAGAGAAGCACAUGAGCCCCACGCACGACGCAGCCGUGUGCUGCCUGAGGGUCCGGUCUUGUCCAGAUCUGCAGCUGCUCUUUCCAGUGAUUGUUUCGGCUUGGACAACCGGACCGUGGGAUUCUUUUCUUCCUUUUGCCACUAAAUGCCUGCGCACAGCCCGAGUUCUGGUGCAGGGAGAAGGGUGGAGCUUUUUGCCUGAGGAUGGCCGUUUCCCUUGGCAGGAUGAGGGCAGAGUGCGUGACGUCUCCACCACCGGGGCGCAGCGUGACCUCCUGUGUCUCCCUUUCCGGCCAGCGCACUGCUUCCUGGAUCCAUCAUGGUGUUUGGUGAGUUUUUUUGUCACCCUGGACAAGACGAGGAACUGGUGAACUUGAACGUGGGGGGCUUUAAGCAGUCUGUGGCUCAGAGAACCCUGCUGCGGUUCCCUCACACCCGCCUGGGGAGGCUGCUCAGCUGCCACUCGGAAGAGGCCAUCCUGGAGCUGUGUGAUGACUACAGUGUGGCCGACAGAGAGUACUACUUCGACCGGAACCCGUCCUUGUUCAGAUACGUUCUGAACUUUUACUACACGGGGAAGCUGCAUGUCACGGAGGAGCUGUGUGUGUUCUCGUUCUGCCAGGAGAUCGAGUACUGGGGCAUCAACGAGCUGUUCAUCGACUCCUGCUGCAGCACUCGCUACCAGGAACGCAAGGAGGAGAGCCAGGACAAGGACUGGGAGCAGAGAAGCAACGAUGCCAGCACCGACUCCUCCUUUGAAGAGUCCUCUCUCUUCGAGAAGGAGCUGGAGAAGUUUGACCAGCUGCGAUUUGGUCAGCUCCGGAAGAAGAUCUGGAUCCGCAUGGAGAACCCAGCGUCCUGCCUGUCCGCCAAGCUGAUCGCCAUCUCGUCCCUGAGUGUGGUGCUGGCCUCCAUCGUGGCCAUGUGUGUGCACAGCAUGUCAGAGUUCCAGAACGAGGACGGAGAGGUGGACGACCCCGUGCUGGAGGGUGUGGAGAUGGCCUGCAUUGCAUGGUUCACUGGGGAGCUUGCCAUCCGGCUGGUUGCUGCUCCCUGUCAAAAGAAAUUCUGGAAGAAUCCUUUGAACAUAAUUGACUUUGUCUCUAUCAUUCCCUUCUAUGCCACGCUGGCAGUAGACACCAAGGAAGAAGAGAGCGAGGACAUCGAGAACAUGGGCAAGGUGGUCCAGAUUCUCCGGCUCAUGCGGAUUUUCCGCAUUCUGAAGCUUGCCCGACACUCGGUAGGACUCCGGUCUCUCGGGGCCACCCUGAGACACAGCUACCACGAGGUCGGGCUGUUGCUGCUUUUCCUUUCUGUCGGCAUCUCCAUCUUCUCCGUGCUUGUCUACUCUGUGGAGAAGGACGACCAAGGAUCCAGCCUCACCAGCAUCCCCAUCUGCUGGUGGUGGGCCACCAUCAGCAUGACCACCGUGGGCUACGGAGACACCCACCCCGUCACGCUGGCCGGGAAGGUCGUCGCCAGCACCUGCAUCCUCUGUGGCAUCCUGGUGGUGGCUCUGCCCAUCACCAUCAUCUUUAACAAGUUCUCAAAGUACUACCAGAAGCAAAAGGACCUCGAUGUGGACCAGCGCAGUGAGGAAGCCCCGGAGAAGGGCCACGAACUGCCCUACAUCAACAUCCGGGACGUUUAUGCCCAGAAGGUCCACGCCCUCAUCGCCAGCCUGUCCUCUCUGGGCAUCGUGGUGAGUGACCCUGAGUCCACCGAUGCCUCGAGCACGGAUGACCACGAGGCUGCCUGCAAAACGGCGGAGACCCGCGCGGCGCAGUGAGCAGGGCCGUCUGUGCUGUAUCGGCGAACUUUCCUGGCAUUAGGUUAACACAGCUUUAUACACCUCAGUGGUUUGUUGAAAUCAUUUACUUCUCAGGGCGUAACUUCUAGCCAUAGCUGGACAUUCAUUGCUGAAUUCUGAGAUGAUAGAAUUAUCUUUAUUUUUUAUCAGUGAGGUCAAUUAAAUGUCUUGUUCUGAAAUUUAUUUUUUACCAGAGAGAGUUGUAUAUGGUUUUGGAAAAAAAGUCCAUGAUACUGGGUGGGAUUCGUUGCUACAGUUUAUGCCUCAUUCUGCACUGUCAUUACUCACAUUGAGCUAACUGUACAUUGCUGACCAGAACAACCAGAGGUCUAGCCGAUGAAGACGACUUGCAUGCGAGAUCCACACGAUGAGACAAUGCAUGCACAUCCGUGUUCACGUUCUAGACAUGGAAACUAGGAGCCUAAUAAACUUCCUGAUUCGGUAUGGAGAAUGUGUUGGUUGUUCCAUUUUU